GUAAAGAUCAGAAUAAGAAAUAGUAAGCGAGGGUCAAGUGGUUACAGCUCAUUCCUUGACCCCCUUGAAGGGAACAUUUUCCUUCUUUGGGGGCGAUGAGGAUGGGGCAGGAUGUAAGAGACGAUUGAUGUCGAGGGGUGGACGAGGGUUCUCGGCGAUGAGACAAUAUCCUUCCACUCGAUGCAACUAAUAAUACACCGAGAAAGCAGACCGCAUAAUGAGAGACAUGGGAGCUGGGGAACUUAGGUCUUAUUGUGUCGACCUGGAUGGUGGAGCAAGGGGCACGGAGUCUCGAUAUUCUUUCUCCUUCGGCGCAGUCAUCAAGUAAUCAAGCGUUUAUCGCAAAGCUCCAGGCUAUGGGCUGCGUCGGGAUAUGCGGUCAAGUAGAGUUCUGAAGUCUGGUGGUAUCACAAUGGCCAUGCGAAGUUGCCUGGUGCCCUUGAAGGGCGUAGUCCAGAUGGCGGGGUGUCUACGGUUCUGCGCUUUUGCAAGGAUGUCAUUCGAGAAAUGGCAGGCUGCGAUGGCACCGAAAGUCAACAGCACUUGGGUUCAACACCAAGUGAUAACAAAGGAGAACCUUGGCCUCUAUAUGGCCUUCGGGUGCACCGUAAAGAUCUGUGGAAAUGCUGGGCAAGCCGAUUAUCCAGCAGCUAACAUGUUCUUUGACCGUCCACUCAAUAUGAAAGCUAGAAGAUGCUUCUGUCUUCGGUCCUAGAUUUCGACACUGUGGGUGAUAUCGGGCUCAUCAAUGAGAUGCCUAUCACCAUGCAAGCAAGCCAUGAGCUCGGCGAGAAUCUGGUUGUUGGACGAGG